AUGGCCGUGGAGGAAGUAAAGAACGAGCAGUUUAGAAGUGAGCAGGUAGAAAAAAAGCGGAAAAGAGUAAAGACAAGACGAACACGCGUGGAUUGCGAUGCGCAGCCUGCAGUUGAAAUAGAGCAAAAAAGUGUUUCUAUUUCAGAAUUUGUUCUGAACAGCACCAACAUAGACCAUAGAGUAUACAGAGAUAUCCUUAUAAAUAGAAGAAACGGAGAGCGCGUGUCAUCGCUGAAUCCAAUUAAAUAG